CGCCCCGCGCUCUCAGCGCCCGCUCGCCCCGCGCGGAUCUACUCGCCGGGAAGGCGGCGCUGGUGGCGGCUGUUCUCGCUGCGGCCGCUCCCGCGCGCUGCUUUCCCGCCGCGGGUGGGCUCCGCAGCCCCAGGCCGGCCGCGGCCCUCCACCUUCCCUUUGCCGGGGCGGCCCGGACAUUGUGGCUUACCCUGGGGCGCUCCCCUCUCCCACCCGCGACUGCCCCGCGGAGCUGGCGCAGACACCCAACUUUGCCACCUCGCCGGUCGUCUCUGCUGUGCGCGAACCUGCCCACCCACUGGUUGGCCGCGCGCUCGGGGACUCUUUUCCUGGCCCUCAAGCCCGUGCCCCCAUUCUAGAGUGCAGAGAGUGGGGGGCGGCUCUGAGGAAGUGGCAGGGGUGGCUGCAGCUGCUGCCUCUACUUCCCUAGCCAGGUGCUGAAGAGGAUCCUCGGAGCCGCUCUGGCCCCAGGCGCUGGAUGACUGGCACGAGGAGCGCGCCCCGCACCUGUGUUGAUGUAUGACACUUGGGCUGGUGUGCCCACGUGGUGUGGAGUCUGUGUGAUUCAUGACUGAGGAAACCCGGCCUCCACCUUCUCUCUCCUUGGCACUUUCCACACAUGAGGGGAAGAAGAGCUUCUCUUUAGAAGACACGUGCCCAGAGUCAGAGGCCCCUUGCCCACCAUGAAGGGAACCUGUGUUAUAGCAUGGCUGUUCUCAAGCCUGGGGCUGUGGAGACUUGCCCGCCCAGAGGCCCAGGGCGCGACUCAGUGCCAGAGAGCCGAGCACCCGGUCAUCUCCUAUAAAGAAAUUGGCCCCUGGUUACGGGAGUUCAGAGCGAAGAAUGCUGUGGAUUUCUCGCAGUUAACAUUUGACCCAGGACAGAAAGAACUUGUUGUAGGAGCAAGAAACUACCUCUUCAGGUUACAGCUUGAGGAUCUGUCUCUUAUCCAGGCUGUGGAAUGGGAGUGUGAUGAAGCUACCAAGAAGGCCUGUUACAGCAAAGGCAAGUCAAAGGAGGAAUGUCAGAACUACAUCCGGGUGCUUCUGGUGGGUGGUGACCGGUUAUUCACCUGUGGGACCAAUGCAUUCACACCUGUCUGCACCAACCGCUCGUUGAACAACCUGACUGAGAUCCACGAUCAGAUCAGUGGCAUGGCCCGCUGCCCAUACAGUCCUCAGCACAAUUCUACAGCACUCCUCACAGCUGGCGGGGAGCUCUAUGCUGCGACAGCCAUGGAUUUUCCAGGACGUGAUCCUGCCAUUUACCGAAGCCUUGGCAUUUUACCACCUCUCCGCACAGCGCAGUACAACUCCAAAUGGCUCAAUGAACCAAACUUUGUGUCAUCUUAUGACAUUGGAAAUUUUACCUACUUCUUUUUCCGAGAAAAUGCCGUAGAGCAUGACUGUGGGAAAACAGUGUUCUCCAGAGCUGCCCGGGUCUGCAAGAAUGAUAUUGGAGGGCGCUUCUUGCUGGAGGAUACCUGGACCACGUUCAUGAAGGCUCGCCUCAACUGCUCCCGUCCUGGGGAAGUCCCCUUUUACUACAAUGAAUUGCAGAGCACUUUCUUCCUGCCUGAGCUGGAUUUGAUCUACGGCAUCUUUACCACCAAUGUGAACAGCAUCGCGGCCUCAGCUGUGUGUGUCUUCAACCUGAGCGCCAUUGCACAGGCCUUCGCCGGGCCCUUCAAGUACCAGGAGAACUCGCGCUCCGCCUGGCUACCGUAUCCCAACCCAAACCCCAACUUCCAGUGUGGCACCGUGGACCAGGGCCUGUAUGUGAACCUGACCGAGAGAAACCUGCAGGAUGCUCAGAAGUUCAUUCUGAUGCAUGAGGUGGUGCAGCCAGUGACCACCAUGCCGUCCUUCAUGGAGGACAACAGCCGCUUUUCCCACGUGGCUGUCGACGUGGUGCAGGGCAGAGACGCGCUCGUCCACAUCAUCUAUUUGGCCACAGAUCACGGCACUAUUAAGAAAGUGCGGGCACCGGUGAAUCAGACCUCGAGCAGCUGUUUGCUGGAAGAGAUUGAGCUCUUCCCCGAGAGGCGGAGGGAAUCCAUCAGGAGCCUGCAGAUCCUGCACAGCCAGAGCGUCCUGUUCGUGGGCCUGCGGGAGCACGUGGUCAAGAUCCCCCUGAAGAGGUGCCAGUUCUAUCGCACACGCAGCACCUGCAUUGGGGCCCAGGAUCCUUACUGUGGCUGGGACGUGGUGAUGAAAAAGUGCACGAGCCUGGAGCAGAGCCUGAGCAUGACGCAGUGGGAACAGAGCAUCUCCGCGUGUCCGACCAGGAAUCUCACCAUGGAUGGAGCCUUUGGCAUGUGGUCUCCGUGGACACCUUGCACGCACACAGAUGGCAGCACCAUGGGUUCCUGCCUGUGUCGGACCCGCUCCUGCGACAGCCCAGCCCCACAGUGUGGGGGCUGGCAGUGUGAGGGCCCCAGCAUGGAGAUCGCCAACUGUUCCAGGAAUGGAGGCUGGACUCCUUGGACCUCGUGGUCUCCCUGCAGCACUACCUGUGGGAUCGGCUUCCAGGUGCGGCAGCGCUCCUGCAGCAACCCCACUCCCAGGCACGGGGGCCGGGUGUGCGUGGGACAGAACCGCGAGGAAAGAUACUGCAAUGAACAUUUGCUGUGUCCCCCACACAUGUUCUGGACAGGCUGGGGUCCUUGGGAACGGUGCACAGCCCAGUGUGGGGGUGGCAUUCAAGCUCGUCGCAGGACCUGUGAGAAUGGGCCUGACUGUGCAGGCUGCAAUGUGGAGUACCAGCCUUGUAACACCAGCCCGUGUCCUGAGCUGAAGAAGACCACACCCUGGACUCCCUGGACGCCCGUCAACAUCUCUGACAAUGGUGGCCACUAUGAGCAGCGAUUCCGAUACACGUGCAAAGCCCGCCUGCCCGAUCCGAAUUUGUUGGAAGUGGGAAGACAGAGAAUCGAAAUGCGGUACUGUUCUAGCGACGGCACCAGUGGCUGCUCCACAGAUGGGCUUUCUGGGGAUUUCCUGCGUGCUGGGAGAUACUCUGCCCACACGGUCAAUGGGGCUUGGUCAGCCUGGACAUCAUGGUCACAGUGCAGCCGUGACUGCAGCAGGGGCAUUCGGAACCGGAAGCGUGUUUGCAACAACCCAGAACCCAAGUAUGGGGGGAUGCCUUGCCUCGGCCCAUCCCUGGAAUACCAAGAAUGUAACAUCUUGCCCUGCCCAGUGGAUGGCGUGUGGUCUUGCUGGUCCCCCUGGACAAAAUGCUCAGCAACAUGUGGCGGUGGGCACUAUAUGAGGACCCGCUCAUGCUCCAAUCCAGCCCCGGCCUAUGGAGGGGACAUCUGCCUGGGGCUGCACACGGAAGAGGCACUCUGCAACACGCAGCCCUGCCCAGAGAGCUGGUCAGAGUGGUCGGACUGGUCUGAGUGCGAAGCCUCUGGCAUCCGAGUCCGCUCCCGCCAGUGCAUCCUCUCCUUCCCCGUGGGCAGCCAGUGCUCUGGGAACACCACAGAGAGCCAGCCAUGUGUGUUCGACUCUAACUUCAUCCCAGAAGUAUCUGUGGCAAGAUCCAGUAGCGUAGAAGAGAAAAGAUGUGGAGAAUUCAACAUGUUCCACAUGAUUGCCGUGGGGCUGAGUAGCUCCAUCCUCGGCUGCCUCCUCACCCUGCUCGUCUACACCUACUGCCAGCGGUACCAGCAGCAAUCCCACGAUGCGACUGUCAUCCACCCUGUGUCGCCUGCCCCUCUCAACACCAGCAUAACCAACCACAUCAACAAACUGGACAAGUAUGACUCUGUGGAGGCCAUCAAGGCAUUUAACAAAAACAACUUGAUCCUAGAGGAAAGAAACAAAUACUUCAACCCACAUCUCACUGGGAAGACCUACUCUAACGCCUACUUUACAGAUCUCAAUAAUUAUGAUGAUUACUAAUAGCGCUUAUGUUUUUGGCUUCUUGUAAAUCCCCAGUUCUCAAGGCCUGUGCCCCAUGACUGCCCCUGUUUCUGAGGCUUCAGAGUUGAAGUUCGGAUACAUUUCAAGCCACCAGAGUGUCCCAUUGCUGCCAAAAGUACACGUCUUUAAAAGCAACAAAAAUCGAAAUACUGCAUCAUGAAAAUCUUGACCAUUGUUGAAUGAGCCAGGGUGUGAAGUUUUUAAUUGUGUUCAGCCUAUUUCUCUGACAAGUCCAUUGGUUUGUUUUUUGAGCAUUAUUUUAUAAAUGUGCCACCCACAUGGGAAGGAGUCUUUAGAAAUGUGAAUGUCUUCUUUCUUUGGAACGUAAAUCUUCAUGAUGUUUUAUUUCAAGAAAAUAGGCACUUUCUCUGAGACACCUGCUCCUUCCACAAGAAGUGCUUAGGUCCGUAAUAUUUCAUAAAAUGAAGAAAAAGAUGUGGCCAAACAAUUAUUCACCACGGAUUGUACAUCUUCCAAAUCUGGAUAAAGCUAUUAGAUUCUCGGAACCAACUUGUAUGUUUUCAUCUUGCCUAGGGAAGCCCAGGAAUUCCACCUGGCCCACACCUGCAGAGGUUACAGUAGACUGCGAGGUACCCCACCUCGCUCCUGUUGCAGUUUCUGUGCCAUUGCUGGUGGAGGGAGCGGAGCAGAGGCGCAGGCACAAUGAAGCGUGGACGUGUUCUGCAGUCUGCUGCAAAACUCGCCUUAUUCUGACUUUUGGAUUUCAUGGCAUUCCAGGGAGCUCCUUGACAUGCGGUUGGCCUGGAAGUCCACUUGUCUGGUCUAUAGUGACGUCCUGAAGAGCCAGUCUGUAAAAUACCCAACCACUUCCUUAGCGUUUGGAUAGACUCCACACCUCCUCUCUCCCUACAAAAAAAGAAAAAAAAACAAAACAAAACUUGCGCAUUUAUAUCAAUUAGUGAAAGUAUUGAAAGUACUAAAUUAUAACUAAAAGCAACUUUUUUAUGUUAUAGAAACUAUUGAAAGAACUGAUA